UUACGCACAAAUAUAAUGUAUGAAAACGUUGCUAUUUCUAAUCGUCAUCUUUCCAUUUUACAGGAGAUGGCAAAUUCUGUUUAUCUGGUGAUGGAGUACUGUAAUGGGGGCGACCUUGCUGAUUAUCUCCACUCGAAGGGGACCCUCAGUGAGGACACCAUCCGACUGUUCCUGCAGCAGAUAGCUGGGGCCAUGAAGAUGUUGCACAGCAAGGGGGUCAUCCAUCGUGACUUGAAGCCCCAGAACAUCCUGCUGUCUUGUACGGGGGGCCGUAAAUCCAACCCCAACAAUAUCCGGAUCAAGAUAGCUGACUUUGGCUUUGCCCGAUAUUUACAGACCAACAUGUUAGCAGCAACAUUGUGUGGAUCGCCCAUGUAUAUGGCCCCAGAGGUCAUCAUGUCCCAACAUUACGAUGCUAAGGCUGACCUGUGGAGUAUUGGAACCAUUGUAUACCAGUGCCUGACUGGCAAAGCUCCCUUCCAGGCCAGCAGUCCACAGAACCUGCGGCUACUUUACGAGAAAAACAAAAACCUUGUACCAAACAUUCCAAGAGAGACGUCCAGCCAGCUGCGUCACCUACUCCUGGGUCUCCUGCUCCGUAACCAUAAGGACCGCAUGGAAUUCAGUGAAUUUUUUCAUCAUCCAUUUUUAGAUGCCAGUUCUUUGAUGAAGAAAUCUGUCCCAGUGCCUAUGCCAGUCUACGCCAGCUCAGCCUCCACCAGUUCCUGCAGCAGCUCCUCCACCUCCCACCUUGCUUCAUCUCCAUCACUAGCCGAUGUGCACCAGCUCUCUGAGAAGGUUAUCAGUCCCCCUACCCAGGAGAGCCCAGCCUUCCUGCAGGGCUCUAGGGAUUCAGGCAGCGGCAGCAGCAAGAAUUCCUCCUGUGACAUCGAUGACUUUGUGCUGGUACCUUACAACAGCCCCACGCAGUACUCUGGUGAGCUGCUGAGUGACACAAUGGCAGGAAGGACACUGAUUGACAGCUUGAAUUACAGCAGUGGCUCAGUCCUGACCUCAGCAGGGUUAGCAAGUCACGGGAGACCAUCAUCCCCAUCUGGGUCGUGCAGCAGUUCACCAAGCCCCUCCGGCCGGCUGUGCCAGGAAUCCGUCAGCACCUAUGGAGACACUGUCCCUAUCCCUGUGCCUACACAGAUUCUCAAUUACCAGCGAAUAGAGCAGAACCUUCAGGCUCCGAAGGCCUGCAGCUCUCCAAGCAACAUAUCCCCAACGUCUUCAAGAGAUAUACUUCUCCUGGGUACAAUCAGUUCAGAAGAAAGGUCCGGAAGGGUUCGAAGGCCGAGCAAUACCAGUCCCUUGGGUUUCAGCAGGACAGGGGCAUCCCCUCCACAUCCUGGAGAACAGCCAUCAACACCAUUCCGAAGAUUGUCUUCCGGAAACGUGAAAUCUUUCUUGCCGUCACCACAAGUUGGCACAAUCCCUGAGCAACUGGAUCAGUUUGCUAGCGCCACUCCUAUUGGAUCAGAGGCACGGGUUAGACACACCUCACCAGGCCUUUUCCUGACAGAGCCACACCAGCAGCGCGGAUUGAGACCCAGAUUACACAGCGCUCCAAAUCUCUCGGACACACACCAGUGUCAGCAGAAGAUGAGGAAACAGUACUCUGAGCCGAUGGUGACCUAUAUGCCACACAGCCAUCUCCUGCAGCCUUGCAGACAGAUGAGAUCCUCUCCCAAACUCUCGGAAUUAAUUCAGCGGAGUCCACUCCCAACCAUCGUGGGUUCCCCGACAAAGGUUCAGCCUCCUUUCGAAUUCUCCGAGUCCCCUGGCUCUCCUAACCUAGUCACCUUGCUCACUCACCAGGGCCUCUCCCUGACUCCAGCUCCAGCUCGCAACAGGACAGUGCCAACUCUGACCCCCCUCCAAAACCAGCACAUCAACGUCGGACUCAAACCUGUCGAUGAGAUGAAGGGACCGUUUGGCAGGUCUCUCAGCGCUGGCAAACUGUCUGAUCUACUGCUGAAGGCGGCAUUUGGGGGACCCAACUUGGACCCUGUCAGCUACGAUAGCCUGAACACCGAGAAGCCAAUGGAUGUAACAGGUCCUCCCAGAGGCUGCGUGUCUUCAGGGAUAGGGGCAGCCUACUCCAGCAGUCCAGCCCCCGUGGUGUUCACCGUGGGCUCUCCGCCCAGUGACACCUCCCCGCACUCGGGCAGAAUGCGAAUGUUUUCAGUUGGCUGCUCCAGUUCGAUGAGCUCAGUGGGCUCCAGCAGCAGUCCAGUGUUCCAGUGUUCUCCAGCAGGGACCAGCGCAGAGUCCCCUCCGACAGCGUAUGAGGGACCCCCAAGUCUCCGGUACACAUACCCUGACACCAUCACCACAAACAUGGAGACAAUGGUGACCUUCGAAGCACCAGAACUACCGGAAGAAACUCUGAUGGAGCAGGAACACACCGAGAUACUGAAGAACCUGCGAUUCACCCUGGUCUUUGUUCGCUGUGUAAUGGAGAUAGCCUCGGCUAAGGGUAACCCCUUUGAGAUGGUCUGCAGCUCAGUCAGCUCGGCCAGCCAGCUCCAGGAGAGUGUGGUCGCCGAUCAGAUUAGUCUGCUGAGUAAGGAGUGGAGCUAUGCGGAGCAGCUGGUUCUCUAUAUGAAGGUGACGGAACUCCUGGCAUCAGCUUUACACAUGAGCAAGAAUCAGAUCAAGGCUGGCAAGCUGUGCCCAUCAUCAACUGUCAAACAAGUGGUGAAGAAGCUGAACGAACACUACAAAUCCUGUGUGUCUCACUGUCGCUGUCUCACGGUCAGACUCCAGCGCUUUUUCAUUCAUAAACAACGGCUCAUGGACAGAAUAAACAGCAUCACUGCAGCAAAGCUGAUUUACAGUCAUACUGUACAGAUGGUUCAGUCUACAGCAUUGGAUGAGAUGUUUCAGCAGGGAGAGGACUGUAUCCAGCGCUACCACAAGGCACUGCUGCUAAUGGAGGGUCUCUCUCAGAUAAUCACGGAACAGGAAGAUGUGGAAAACAUCAGCAAAUGUAAACAGAGCAUUGAACGCAGACUGUCUGCAUUACAGCCAGGACUGUGCGCGUGACGCUACACACUGGAGCACUUUCCCUCGUCUUGGGUCUUGCAGUGUCCAGGAUAUCCCGGAUACUGGAUCCGAACCAUCCCAGUCAUCCCUCGGAGCGAUUUGGAGUUUUAUCGUGUAAUCCUGCGAACCGAGUGACUCACUGGGGACUUGAAGUGGAAACCUUCUUUCCCCUUCCGCUCGCCCCCCUCUCCUCUCAUGAACUGUGCCCCAUUACAGGAACACCUUCUGUGUUCCGUGGAAUUCUUCUGAUGAAGAGGAGCCUUCAGCAGCUCUUCACAAGGCACCUGAUGGAAGAGGAAUACUUGCCGUGGGAAUUCUCUCUGACAUUGCAUUUGGGCCUACAUGAAGACUCUUCAGCCUGGACCUUGUGGUCUGGUGAUUAACAAGUAAACAGAAAGCAUUAGUUGAUUGCUAAAGAAGAAGAUUAAACACUUGCCUUGCAAAACGUCAGUGAGAUAUUUGCAGAGUGACUAAGCUGUUGAUUUUUUUGUUGUUUUCCAUUGAAUGCUGCCUUGAAGCACUUUCCUCACUUUUUUUGUCUGAAGUGUUAAUUGUGCACACACACACACAAACACACACCCGAGUAACCCCCCCCCCACACUAGCCUGUAAGGUAGAGGUGCACUUUAUAUUAGCUUUACAUGGUUAUGAACUUGAACCACGCAGUGGCCCAUGUGAUGUAAGUACAGAAGGAUGGAAUGCAAAGUGUAAAUUCAGUCAGCCCUGUUUCCUUUCUCCCAACCCUUCUAGCCCCCUCACACCCUGCCAUUUCUCAUCUGUUCAUGUGUUGCACUAUCUGAGAAUUUCAGUAUGUAGUUGGUACUGCACAGUAUGGGCUGACAGAGAGAGAGUGUAUAUGUGUGUGUGUGUGUAUGCACACCCGAAUCUUUUCUCGGUUGAACUCUGCCAGGGAGACAUUUCCGAAGAGAAUUUCACAAACUAGCAACAACAACAGACAAUCGCACCCUAUAGAUUGUUCUUCAUGGACUUAUUGUUUUGUUUUUUGUGAGAUAAUUGAGUGUGCACCUGAGUGCAUGAUGGUGUGUGUGAAUACUUUGCUUUGUUUCAGUAGGUAAAUGAAGCUCAUGAGGAUGAGAAUGGUGAGGGGUUUGAAUGGAUAAGUGUGUGUACAUAAUUGAGUGCUUGCAGUUCCACACUGCAGUAAAUUGUCACUUGAAUGGAUAAUGAAUUUCAAGGCCACAUUGUCAACCAAUGAUUUUCUUUUCUUCCCUCUAUCUUGCAUAAAUACUUGAAAAUUAGCCACUGUGUGUACACAAAAAUAUAUGUAUAUUGCAAAGAUAUCAAUGCCACCAAACAUUUGACUUAACCCUGAAUUGUGUAAGAUAAAUGUUAGCAGUUAGUAUUUAUUGCUUCAAGCCAGAGAGGAUUGCAAGCAAAUUGGAGUGAUUUACUGUACUCGAAACAUCAGCUGUUUCCAAGACAACCGUUCCUUGGUAAUUUCUUUGUUAUUGAUGUGUAGUUUUUGUUUGAUAAAUUUCCUAAAAGCUUCAUCCUCAGCUCUCGACUUACAUCGUUCAGGUCGGAACUGUUCAAAGUGUGUUUGGUUAUUCCACAAUGUUAAAAUGCUGGAAACAUUUUCAUUUAUGUUUUUAUUUCUGUGUGUGCUGUAACCUUUUUUUUGUCUUUGACCUGUACAAAAUCAGAACAGAACUAAAUAAAACAGUUGGAAACGUU